AUGCCUGUGAUCUCUUCCGCCGCGACCGUCCUCGUUACUGGUGCAAACGGAUACAUUGGCCAUUGGGUGGUACGCACGCUGCUCGAGCGUGGAUACUCCGUGCGCGGUACGGUGCGAUCGGAGACGAAGGCGCAGGAACUCGUCGGUUUCGUAUCCCGGAUCAUCCCUCAGGCGAAGGACCGUUUCAAUGCUGUAGUCGUUCCGGACAUCGCAGAGGCCGGCGCCUUCGACGAGGCGGCCAAGGGUUUAGAUGGAAUCAUCCAUACGGCCUCGCCGCUCGCCACUCACACGCAGGUUGGAGACCCGCAAGCGUAUAUCCGGCCUGCGGUGGAGGGUACCCUCAACAUCUUGAAAAGCGCAGCGAAAUCCGAUGUGAAGCGCGUGGUCGUCACGUCGUCGAUGACCGCUAUCAUCAGCAUCACCGCGCUGCCAAGGACGUACACGGAAGAGGACUGGAACGACUCCGCGGUCCAAAUCGUAGAGCAACAGGGGCGUGAUGCCUUGUUUGUCUUCAUGUAUGAUGCCAGCAAGACUCUGGCCGAACGUGCGGCAUGGGACUUCGUUAAGAAGCAUAAGGGAGAAAUCUCCUUCGAUCUGUGCACUCUCCUGCCAACCUGGGUCUUUGGCCCGCUGGCAGGCGAGCAUGUCCCAGAGCCUACUGCAUUGUCAAAUACGCCGUUCCAUAUGUGGCGACAGCUCGCUGAAGUCCCUCGGCCGGCCGCGGAAACGAUGCCAUGGCACAACUACGUGGACGUGCGUGACGUCGCCGACUUGCACGUACGAGCGCUCGAGGUGGCGGCCGCGGGCGGCGAGCGAAUCAUAUGCAGUUCCGGCGUCGCCACGUGGGAGGAAUGGCUCGCCAAUGUCGACCUCCCUGGGCGCGAGAAGCCUAGCAAGCAGCCGUCUUUCCCGCCUCACGCGUAUCUGGAGAACGAUAAAGCAAUAAGCAUCUUCGGAAAGGAGUUCAAGGAAUUACCGGAGAUUGCGCGGGACGUUGUGGAGGACUACAAGUCGCGAGACUGGUUGAAGUAUAUCAAGAACUAGCCUGCGAUUCAGAAUUGAUUCUUACUCUUUACGUGAUUAGCACGGUUUUUUACAUCAUGACACGCU